CGUCAUUGCUAUUUCAGUCGCUGUUUAAAAAUCAAACAAACCGGUCGCAAGCGGUUGUCGUCUUCGUCGUCUCGGUGAAACGGCAUAAACGUGAAAUAAAAUACAAUUCAGUUUUUUUUUUUUUUGUUCAUUGCCUUUUCGAGCGAUUUUUUUUCGUGUGUUGUUUCUUAUUUCAUUGUGUAUUGUUGCAAAUAAAUGUUGGAGGAGACUACUCUAAAUUUGUAUUGUGCCAUGUGUGCGUGUCGAGUGGUCUCGAGAAAAUAAAGUAUAAAAUUUAAAUUAUUUGCACACAAUUAUUAACAAAAAAAAAGAAAUAAAGAAAAAACUACAAAUGUGAAUGCCAGGCAUUUCUACAUAAAGUAAGCAGCUUAAAUAGCCAAUCAGUCAGUCAGUCAGUCAGUGAGAUCGACGACGUCAAUGAAUUUUAAUUUAAAAAUUGCAAGCAAAGCGGAGGAGAAGAAGGAGAGAGAAAAUCAAAACCAAGAUAUCGUCGUCGUUGAAGUCAAUCUUUUACACAUGUAAAGCAGCAGUAGCAGCAACAAGAACAAAAAACACAAAUCAAAUCAAUUGAGAACAGUAGAAAAGAGAAAAAUCCACAUGGGGAGAGAACAUCAUAUCAUUAAAGGUGUCAAUGCAAGAUAAAUUUCUAAUUGAAAAACAGAAAAGGAGAAAAAAUACAAACAAACAACGGAAUUCACACAAGGAGAAGUGAAGUGUCACACAAGAUUAAUGGAGUAAACAGAGCAACAGCAAACGUUUAUUGUAAUUAUUACUGUGCGCGCUCUCCCUCUCUCGCUAUCUUUGGUGGUGGCAACAAACAACAUACACAUUCAGAUGGGUCACCGCUUCAGUAAAACAGCUGCAUCAGCCACAAAAACACAAACAGCUGGACAAGAAAUUAUAAAUGGUCAAGAAUUACCAAAUCAAAUAAUACCAUUGACUACAGCAACAACAACAAAAACCGGGAGAAUACCCAUACCCAACACCAAUAAUAAUAGUCACAUUAUUGAACCAACUAUCAAUUUACAAAUACAAGAAAGUCCUACAGGAGGCAUAUUUCAGGCCGAGGGUGAUUGUUGUCGAACUAAUACUACCUGCCUGCAUAGCGCAACUACUGCAACACCAAGUGGUAGUGGAGGUGGUGGCAUUCUGCAUCAGACCUUAGACUGCAACGGAAGCGCCAACAGCGUUAACGGUAGUUGUAGUUCAACAUCGGUCAAUAACUUAUCUUGUGGCCGUCAGAUAAUUAUUAAAAUUCAAUUGGCCAAAAUGGAAAACGGAAAUGAAAUAACUAACACAAUGUCAUCCUCACCUUGUUCAUCCAAUAGUGCAACCCUAAUCCCUCAAGACAUUUCCCUUGAAGCCUUAACAGCUGAUUGUAAUCUAAAUUCUACGGAAUUAAUGGCUGCAGCCACAGAAACGGCUAUGCCAGCACAUUUUCUAAAUGUGACCCUUAAUAGCAAUGGUGCAGGUAGAAGUAGUAGCAGUACGCUAAAUCAAGCCAAUCCAACAAGAACUGCUGGCAGUUCUUUUUCAUCCACCACCUUGGUUAUGCCAUCAGCAGCGGCAGCAACCAGCAACAAUAAUUAUUUCAAUCAAAGAAGUAGUACAAAUUUUCCCAGUUCAUCAACAUCAUCAUCAUCAAUGGCGGAUGGGGCCAGAGAACGGCUGGAACGUUUAAGUCAAGACAAUGGUAUUACGGAAGAAACAUCCGAAGAUAUUGUUGAAUAUUGUGAAGUAUUAGAAAGUGAAUUGAAACCACUGGCGACGGGUGCCAGCACGGCACCAACAACUGAAGAAUCUGAAAUCGAAUCGAAUGUCUGCUGUCGGCGCAAAUCAAAAUCAUUAGCCAACAAUGGUGGCAGCUCCUCCUCCUCAAGUACAACGUCAACGAAACGUCGUUGUCGCAAAUGUAGCUGCCGCGAUGCAUUCCGUCGGAUAUUGGAUCCCUCGCUAUCGCGAUCAUCUAAUAAAGCACAAAAACAACAACAGCAGCAAUUGGAAAGGGAACGUAAAGCAGCAGAACAGAAAGCACAAAAAUCAUCGGUUGAAAGACAUUCCAUACCUAAUUUGCCCAGUAAUCGAAUUGUAAAUGCCCUGCAAUUGCAAAGAAAUUCAAUGCAUUCCACGACCCUGGCACAGUCGACGAACGCAACAACAUCUGCUGCUUUGGUAUUACCAUCGGCCACUGGCACCACGACGGCAACAAGCGGAGCAGCGGCGGCGACACUGUGGAAUACAACGGCCUCUGCGGGCACAAAUGGUAGUGAUGUCAUCAUACCGCUGACCACGCCGUCGCAAUUUGUUGUGGUUCAGUGUGCUAUUCCAAUAACGCCUGCAGUGACAACAGCUAAUGCGAUGACGUUACCCGUCAAUAGCAUUAUAUCUAUAACGCAAAAUCCUGUCUUAUCAACAGCCUCUGUUCCCUCUACUUCCUCCGCCAAUGCCUCCAACAAUAAUGAUUUAAUGGUUCAAGUUCCUUAUAGCCAUUGUGCGCUAAGAAAUCCUUUAAAAAGCUCUAUACCCACAUCAACUGCAACAACAACCACAACAUAUCAUGCUCCACCUGGUGCUGGUACCAGCAGUAGUAGUAGUAGUAGUGGCGGUAGUGUCGCUGGUGCGCCUGCCGCUGUCACCAAUGGCCCCAUUGUGCAUUCCCAAGUGGAUUUUGUCCACUAUCUAGUACCCGAUUUGGAACGUAUAACGAAUUCUAGUUUCUAUUGGGGUAAAAUUGAUCGCUAUGAGGCCGAACGUUUAUUGGAGGGAAAGCCCGAAGGCACUUUUCUGCUAAGAGAUUCAGCCCAAGAGGAAUUUUUGUUUUCGGUAACAUUUCGAAAAUAUGGCAGAUCAUUGCAUGCACGUAUUGAGCAAAGUGGUCAUCGUUUCAGUUUCGAUUGUCAUGAUCCAGGCGUAUUUACGGCUAGCACGGUCACCGGCCUCUUGGAACACUACAAGGAUCCCGCAUGUGUUAUGUUCUUUGAGCCCAUGCUUACCAUGCCAUUGCAUCGUAAAAAUUGCUUUUCAUUACAACAAUUAUGUCGCGCCACCAUUGUUUCGAACACCACCUAUGAUGGCAUCAAUGAAUUGGAAUUACCCGUUCGCCUGAAGUCCUAUCUCAAAGAAUAUCAUUAUAAACAAAAGCUUCGUGUCAAAUCAACUGAACCCACCUACACCGUACACUGUAAAUAGUGUAGAAACAUAACGGCCAACAUGAGCCGUGAAGAGCAGGAGAUAUUACCCAUAACCACUUAUCACAAGGCAUACCAUGUUUCGCGUCAGCAAUACGAACGCGAUACAUAUCAGCAACGUUUCCUCAAAUGGUAUGAAGAGAAAAUGCGUUCUUUAGAAGAACGCAAGAAAUUGCACCGACAUAAAUGUGUGAUUUUCUAAACACCGAGAAAGUAUACUACUUAAAAUAAAUCUUCAUACUUUUGUUAUAACAGAAUGUAUUUAAUAUACUGUUAGUUAUAUGUAUGUAUUAUCUUUUGUAAUAAUAUGUAGUUGUAGUAAUUAAUAAGUUUGUUUUUGGGUUUUUGUGUUACUUAACCUUUGUAGUUAACAAAUAUGCCCACUAACUAAACUAUGUAGACAGACAAUCCCAGUGAAUAAUAGUAAUAGCAAAUAAAAAGAAAACAUAUUAAUAAAUCAUGUAUGUAGUAUAUCGUAGGGUAUAUAUAUUUAGCAAGCUGUAAGUGAAAGCAAAGCAAAACAAACUGUUUUAAUCUAUUUUGGGCAAAUCAAAAUGAAGGCUAACCUCUCAAAAAAUUACACCAUAAGUGUAAAGAAAAUAUUAUCACUAACUUAAGCACAAUUAUCGUAAUUGUAUUUAAAUAAAUAAACAAAACAAAAUAACUACAUUUGUUAUAUUACGUGGUAGGCUUUCAAGGCUAACCCCCAAUAACUGUGUAUAUGUAUUUUGUUCUAGUACAUAUGUAUUUUAUAGUAUAGAGAAAAAAAUCAAUUAUGUUUAUUGUUUAUAAAAGUAAACAAAAAAAAUUCUCAUAAAUUUAAUUUAAACUCCAUAAAUUAUUUAUAUUAUAUAUAGUACAUCUACUCUAGAGUAUAGAAAGAAAUUUCCAAAAUGUAUUUAUUUUUUAUUUAAUUUAAAUAUAUGAUUUACAACAAGAAGUCAA